GUCAUGCUUUCCUAACCCUCCAAUCCAAACGCAGCGCUUCACCACCAUGUCCAAUACAGCGUCUCCUUCACCUAAACCCAUUGUUUACGUCGAGUACGAUCCUUCGUCCCUCCCUCCAGCGCUGCCAAACUACACUCGAUUCGUUUGCAUCGCAGAUACACACUCACACGAAUUUUACGUUCCCCCAGGCGAUGUUCUUCUACAUGGAGGUGACUUGACCAAUACUGGCACUGUGCACAACUUUGAGAAGACUAUGGAGUGGCUGUAUGGAAUGCCACAUAACGUGAAGGUGAUAAUAGGAGGAAACCAUGAUCUUACUCUUCACAGGAAAUGGUACGACGACAAUUGGGAUAGAUGGCACUAUAGGAUUGGGAAACAGGAUAUCAAAACAAUCAUGGAGCUUAUAAAGGGCCCCAAGGCCAAGGAAGCGGGAAUUAUCUAUCUGGAAGACGAAAAAACCACCUUUCAAGCUAAAGAAGGAGGAAGGUUUUGGUCUGCGUACGGCUCACCGUGGUCUCCGUGGUUCUACGACUGGGCCUUCAAUUAUCCAAGAGAAGAAGGCGAAAAACUAGUUUCCAAGUUUCCAAAAACGGAUAUCUUAUUAACUCAUGGCCCACCACACCGCAUAUUUGAUCGCACCAGUGGAGGGGAUUAUGCAGGCUGCGUAGACCUCCGGAAUCGACUACCUAUCCUUCGACCACGCCUCCACGUCUUUGGUCACAUACACGAAGCACAUGGAGCUUACAUCCACUCUUGGAAGGAUGGUAGCUGUCCGGCAGUCCAGAAUGAUGAAGCCAUUUCAGAAGAUGUUCAGGACAAUAUUGAUACCACGGUAUUCGUGAAUCCGGCGAAUUGGCCCAUGGGCAAGCGAAGGGCUGACUAUGGCACGAGGGAAUUUGGAGGAGAGGGUUUCCAACCGAUUGUAGUAGACAUAGUGGAUUAGAACGCAUGGUUCUUCGAGUAAUUCUAUAAUUGUACAGUAGCGACGGUAGCAGUUCCAGCUCAAAGUGUAAAAGUGUACUUGGACUAGCUGUCCACAUUAUUCACCUCCUCUGUUGGACUUUGUGACAAACUGAGCGUGAAGCGGCGGACCACUGCGACU